AUGGCAGCUCUAACGGCGACACCUAUGGUCAUUCUUGAAGAAGCAAAGAAACAGUUCCAAGGCGAUGGCAAAUUGAACGUGCAACUUCUCGAUCAGGUUGUGACGAUGAUGAAUCGAGCUACUGGUGAAGAACAAAAAUUAGCCAAUAUGAUCCUUGUGGAGCUGAAGGAGAACCCGAAUUCCUGGACCAAGGUGGACGCUAUUCUCGAAUACUCGGACCUCGCUGAAUCGAAAUAUUUUGCGUUGCAAAUUCUUGAAUCCGUAAUUCAAACAAAAUGGAAAUCAUUGCCACUUGUACAACGCGAUGGUAUAAAAGGUUUCAUAGUGCAGUUCAUUUUGAAACUUAGUGAGUCUCGUAUUGAAUCGGAAAAGAACUCGCUUUUGCUACACAAACUCAAUCUUGUUCUUGUACAGAUUGUCAAGCAAGACUGGCCGAAGCACUGGCCUUCGUUCAUCACUGACAUCGUUGAGUCAUCGAAGACGAACGAUAACAUUUGUGUGAAUAAUAUGAACAUCCUGAGUCUGCUGAGGUGGCUUAUCUUCCUUUCCUGUACGGAUAAAGUUACACACUACACGGUAACAGACCGUUUUUUUGCAUGA